CAAAGACAUUUUAAGCGACUGUUGACGAGACUUUGGACUUUGAAAAUUCCAUGUCAAAUAAAGGCGAAGACAUGGAUGAAUCUGCUAACGAAAAGAUUGAUUGGCUGCGACGAAAACUGGUUUUAGUUUUUGGAAUUGUGUACAGUGCUGUUGUGAUACUUCCGGUUAUAUUAACUCUACUUAUUUGUUUCCAGGGUAGCUGGCAAAGCGGAUACGAUUCCAGUUUCUACAUGGAUCAUGGUAACCGGUAUCCAAUAUCAGAAUUUCUUCAAUCAAACAACAGAGUAAUUAAUACAGUGGCCUUCUAUUUACGAGGGUGUCUAUUUGCAUUAUUUAUGUCUGAAUUAUUUGGUAAAAGGAUUGUAAUGGAAUUUUACCAACGUUAUCCAGACAUUGAUAUGGAGGGGGAAGACGGUGGUGUAAUAAUAAACUGUACAAUAAAACAGUACUGUGACAGAGGAUCAGAAACAGAUACCAUCUAUUUCAAACGACGAAGACGUUACGCCCAGAAAACGACUAUCAUUAGAGAAAAAACUCGAUCUGAAUUGAAAAAAAUUCGCAAAAAGAGUCGAAACUUGAAUGAGAAAUACCAGAUGAAAGGAAAAAAAGCAAUAAAAGAUAUAGGAUGUAAAGAAAUCUUAAUUGGUGAAUUGGAAUUCAGGCGGACCGCCAUUUUAACUCACCUGACCCAACUUAAAUAUUACGUCAUACACUCUCGAAGUGAGCUCGAGACUCAACGAAACAGGAACAAGGCAAUACCCGACACGAUUGAUAAUUAUGGCAACCUUGUUUCAACAUCACUUGUUAAUGCACAAAUGAUCUAUUAGCUAACUGAGUUGCACUUGCAGGAAAAAAAUAAAUUUUUGAUCUAG